AUGACGACCAGAACACAUGAGAAACACACCCACGUCUACAAGACGCACCUCACCACAGACAUCCAACUCGAUGUGUACCUCCCACCCGACACGGACUCGAACACCCCUAAACCAAUCCUCCUGUGGUUUCACGGUGGCUACCUGGUCACAGGCAGCCGCAAAGCCAUCCCCGCCUGGCUCUUGCACCACGCGCUCACCCAAGACUGGACCCUCAUCACAGCCGACUACAGGGUCCUGCCCGAAUCGACGGGCCUCGCGACCACCGACGACGCCCUCGCGGCCUACGCAUGGGUAGCCGGAGGCGCUCUCCACCGCCUGCACCCGGACUGCACCGCCGAUCCAGGCCAGAUCGUGCUGGCCGGGGCCAGUGCCGGGAGCUGGUGCGCCGUAGUGACCGCGCUGCACUUUACACCCCCGUCUUGCCCCCUCGCGGAGCCGACGGGCCAAACUCCCCUCCCGCCCCCGAAGGCGCUCUGGCUCCUCUACCCGCUGCUAGACCUGGGGAGUCGGAAAUGGGCCCAGAGCGUCGCGCUUCCCGGUGCGAUGGCGAUUGAUCCCGCGGCAGCGCAGCGUCUCCGACACCACGAGAUUCCGCAGCGAAUCGCGCGGGGCGAGAUCAGCGUCGGCGAGGAUUUCCCGUCUUCUGAGGAGGAGACGCGCACGCGCGAACGCCUUCCCCUGCUGUACUUGCUUCUGGAGCGCGGGGUGUUUCUGGAUUUUCUGACGGGGGUGCCCGGGUUCGGGGAGAGGGUGGUGGGGUUAGGGCUGGACGGGGCGGUCGCGGGGCAUGCGCAGGAGGAUCGCGUGAGGGGACUUUUCCCGCUCGACUACGGCGCGUUUGGGCCUGGGUUCCCGGCGACGGUUGUUGUGCAUGGGACGGAUGAUCGGGAGGUUUCCUGUGGUGAGAGCGAGAGGCUGGUGGCGAAGUUACUGGAGUGUGGUGCUGCGGUGCAGUAUUUUCCGGUCGAAGGGGCGGGUCACGUUUUCGACCUGGAGUUGCGGGAGGGUUCGCUGGAGGGUGAGGAGGGGGGCGAGGCUGGCGCGACCCUGGUAAGGGCUUUACAGGCGCUACAAAGGUAUCUUGAGCGGUAA